CGAGAGGAAGACGUUCGCGGCAUUUUUGACAGUUGCAUAUUUUUUUUCGCGACAAAGCGGAUUGUAUACAGCCUAGUUGAAAGUUGUGUUCGUUAUUCAUUGUGAGAAAUGGUGAAAUUCUGGUGGAUGUUUAUGUUAUUUGCUAAAAUUGCAUCGGCUAGUGAUAACGAACUUCCAUCUCCGGAGGUGCAAAAAGAGUCACGUUUCCUUCCUCUGUUCGAAGUGAAGCGAUAUGACAACCGACCACUUGGUGUUGGGCCUGGGGGUCUGCCGCCGUUGACCACAGUGCCCAUCGCUGGGGAGCGCUGUUCUUCACGUCUAGAAUCAGCAUUAGACCAGAUGAAGCGGCGGAAAAGGACGCAGCCGAAAAAUCUGGAUACUCCUCUGAGUCAAAGCAUCGAUCUCAAUGGCUACAGUUUGUACCAGCAAAUGCGAUCAGCUCCCGUCGACAUGUAUGUUACAAGGAUGCGAGUGCGACUGCCACAAAACAGCAACUGGGUUAGAGUGGAGAAAUGUUACUUCGACCCAAGAAAUGUCUCUCUUGACACCAUGCUUCUAUUCCACGAUAUAACCAUCAGUGGCAACGUCGAUCUAUACGAUGCAAAUGACCUAGAUAGAGGGCUUCCACCCAGCCGAAGAUUGAGAAGACAUUUCGCCGAAUCCAGGUCAAUAGAUGGUCCGUUUGUUGAUAACUAUGCUAGAAGUCGAGGCAACAAUGGCUGUAACAUGAUCCUACGGUUAAGAAAGGCAGGAAUUGGUUUCCACACGAGACCUUUGAACCAACAACCAGGCAAAUUCAACGUGAAAACUGAUUCAGAAUUUGUUGAACCUGGCUUCAUCAGUGUCUACGCGUACGGUUGCGAGAAGUACAUUAACAGGAACUCCGUUCGGAAUAAGGACAAUUUACCUUUGAAGCGACGGAAGCGAUCGGAUGAGUUCUCUUUUGAUCCACGACUGAGGCAAAUAUACAAUGAGGGAGUGGAUAGUAGGGCAGCUGAUAAUAAUUGGGACAUUGUUUACGAACCGCGAAGUAGAGUCAAUUACGAACGAAGUAAACUGUUUAGGCCCGACGACGAAUUGGAUGAAGCUGAAGACAUUUCGAGGGAAAUGGAGGACAUAUUUACGAAAGGUAUACGAACUCUUUUGACCACAUAUAUGAAGAAAGAACUGCAGCCAGCCAUCAAGGAUACUUUGAUGCGGAAUAUGGGCUAUGUUAUAUCGUAUGGCUGAACAGCAUCUAUAAUAUAUUUAUUAUAAGAAACAGUGAAUAUGUAUUGGGAAAGAUGAAAUUUAAAAGAAUCGAAAUAAUAUGG